AUGCCUAUACACGUAUCUGUGUUGAUUGUACAAUCAUGUGUACUAAUUUAUACAUCAAUGAUUCAUGAUACUGCUGCUAAUAAUUCUAAAGAAUCAGGAAUAACUACAGGAACCUCAAUUCCUUCUCAUGAAAACCGACCUGGUAACAAUUCUUUACCAUCAUAUCGUAGCGGAGAUUUCUCUAGAACAAUGAAACGAAAAGCAUCUCGAAUCAGUCAUCAUAAAGCUAAACGUGAAAUGAGAAACGCACCAUGGACGCCCGGUGAUGAUUAUUUAUUGAUAAAUUCCGUUGUCAUGGUAUGUAACCUUACAGAAGUGUGUCACACUGUAAGAUUCGCUGUUCAUUUUACGGAGAAAGAAAUUGAACGUCGUUGGCGUGAUUUAUUAUUCGAUCCAAUCGUAUCUAGCACUGCGCUGAAAGCAAUCGAGCACCUUCCUUCGUUUAUGAAAUCCCAAUUAGAUAGACAAAUACCAUUCAGUUCACAAGAGGAUAAUAUUAUAGCUCAAAUUUCUUUCUCCGAUGUCUAUCCAGACGGUGUGUUCAAAUCGCUUAAUAUACAUAGUCUGAAUCCCUCCAUAUUUACAGAAAUUUUACGCAAAUAUCCAACAGUAUUCUACCAUGGACGAGAUGAACUAGAUUUAUAUCGUCAGUGGUGUCGUUUCUACAGUUGCCAUUGCAUCGUUGUAAAAGAUGGUGUAAAGUUGAAGUCAAUACCUAACUUUAACACCUCAUUAUCGACUUCACCAGAUGUCAAAACAACAGGUGCGACGACAACAGCAAUAAAAAAUUGUGAUGGUAUAUCUUUGCUGAAAAAUGUUGGUUAUUCUAAUUCUAUAGCAUUAGGUGGUGAUCCACAAAGUUUUUCUGAUACAGAAUUAUUAUUAGAGGAGACAGUAACCAAUGCAGUCGUUGCAGGAAUCCCUAAAUUAACUGAACCAUCGACAGUGUCACGUAGACAACAUAUGCUAAAUCAAACAUCAUAUCAUGGUUUCCAAGGUCUUGUUACACAAACAGUCUUGGAAGUACUCCUUAAAGAAUAUUCUAGUCAAUUAAAUGAUUCACUUGUACAUCCUAGUCUACAGCAUCACUCUUCUCCGACUUCUGCCGCUUCUUCUUCAACAACAACAACGUCCAGUACACGUGGAGCAAUAGCAACAGAUCUAGAGUUGAAAUCGUCAAUCGACCAUGAUCAGAGUCACUCACUACUAAUACAAGAAACAAGUAAUAAAUCACAUUUAUUGUCCUUUAUAAGUUCAUCACCUGUACCGCCAUUACUAAGUAAUCAAGAAUUUGAUUUUAAACGUCGAUUAGAAUUACAUCGACGUCGCGGACGUUUGUGGGCACGUUUACGUCGAAAUAAAGAAGAGGCUAGACGUUGGACACGUCUAGUUGAAAUGUUUGUAACUAAUGGUCUAGAAAUAAUGGAUCCACAACCAAUUUAUCCAGCAUUAGCAUCUCUUACGGGAUCGAGAACACAAUUUUUGAUAAAAGAAAAAAAGGUCAUUUUUGGUCGUAAUUCAUUCGUUUAUCAACCGCAUAUCGAUUUAUCAAUGGAAGGUAUUGACAGUGGACGUAUAUCACGUUGUCAUGGUCAAAUACGCUUAAGUAAAGAUGGUAUAUUUUGGUUAACUAAUUUUUCAUCUCAUACUGUGUAUGUUGAUGGUAACCCGAUACUGACAGACGAAGAAGUUGAGCUGAAGGAUUUCGCAACAAUUUUAGUUGAUCAUAUCACAUUGAGAUUUGAUGUGAAUCAUGAUUACGUGAAUUGGAUAUGUAGCAAUGAUAGUACCACUGCCACCACUACUGAUUGUAUAUUUAUUUAUAGUUGUGGUAAUGGUAAUAGUGAUACGAGCCAUUCCAUUAAAAAUAAUCAUUAUGACGGCGACAAAACUCUCAUAAUAACAUAG